UUGUUCCCGAGUUGAUGAGCGACGACGACACCAGUAAUUUCGAUGACAUCGAAAAAGACGACACAACAGAAGAAAGUUUUCCCGUCCCGAAAGCGUUUGCCGGAAACAAUAUGCCAUUCGUUGGCUUUACUUAUUCCAGUGAUUAUCAGUUGUUGUCCAGAGAUAGAACUGAUCGAAAGAGAAACGGUUCUAUUGAGGUAUUGAGCGUUGAAAUGGAUUUUUUUUUGUUUAACACAAUUUUCUCUCAAAAGCCCGAAAUUGAUAAAAGAAAAUUUGAAAAACUUGAGGACGAGAUCCACAGAAUAACUGCCAUUAAUAAAGAAAUUGAUAAUAAAUAUCGAAUAACGUUAACACAACUCGAGAAACAAAGUGAUAAUUUGGUUGCCUUAAGGAGUGAGAAGUUAGAGGUGGAGAAGGCAUUAACCGUUUUAAGACAUGACAUCAAAGAGGCCCAAAGAAAGUAUGAACUCGAAUGCGAUAACCGGCGAAAAGUGGAGAUAAAAGUGAGCGAAUUGUGGGCCAAACUAGAACAGGAACAGAGUCUCAGAUCACAACUCACGCAUUCAACACAACACACAAACGACAAGUUUGUGGUUUUGGAGAAACAGUUCGCGACACUCAGCGAAAAGUUUAAAACAGAAUCUGAAACUGCAGUCAAACUUAAGAAACUGAACGCAGAGUUGACACUAAACUCUAGUAAUAAAGAGAAAAUUAUUGACGAGUUGAGCGAAAAGAUUGAAAUGUUUCAAAGAGUUAACACCAAUCAAGCGCUGGAUAUUCAAAACCUCCAGAGCCAGAUGGAUAAGGCGCACAACUCUUGGGCUCAAAUCAAUGAUAGGACUCAGGAUUUAGAGAACCGAAAACAACUCAUACAACACGAACUUGAAGUACUGCGUGAACGCGAGGCCACGACAGCCAUUCAAAAUCAGAGACUCACCGAUACUAUAGUAGAGAUGGAGAAGAACAGGAGACGAGUGCUCACGAAGAAGCGAUCGCUUCAUUCAAUGCUGACAAACAGAGAUCAACAGAAAACCCGGACUUCGAGUCAUUACAAGAGUUACUCAAACGUGGACUACAGACAACUUAUGCAACAAAUUCAAAAAAUUGAGGGCGAAUUGAGACAAGAGAACGAUAAGACAAAAGCACUUAAAGUACAAUUAGAUGAAGACGUGAACAAACGAUCGCACUUGCAGUUGGGUCUCAAAGAACAGACCGAAGAAAUCAUUGGUUUGAGACAACGAGAGAUGAAUUUCAUUAAAGAGUUGAAUGAUUUGAAAGACAGUAAGAAGAAAACAGAAGACAAGUUGACGCGAUUAAAGAGCGAGCGAUCUAUGGAUGAGUUGCAACUAAAGGAACUUCAGGAUCAGUUAGAAGCUGAACAAUACUUCUCUUCUAUUUGUCAGGAGAAAGAGAGACAGAUCUCAAUGAUAAACGUGGACUACAGACAACUUAUGCAACAAAUUCAAAAAAUUGAGGGCGAAUUGAGACAAGAGAACGAUAAGACAAAAGCACUUAAAGUACAAUUAGAUGAAGACGUGAACAAACGGUCGCACUUGCAGUUGGGUCUCAAAGAACAGACCGAAGAAAUCAUUAGUUUGAGACAACGAGAGAUGAAUUUCAUUAAAGAGUUGAAUGAUUUGAAAGACAGUAAGAAGAAAACAGAAGAUGAGUUGACGCGUUUAAAGAGCGAGCGAUCUAUGGAUGAGUUGCAACUAAAGGAACUUCAGGAUCAGUUAGAAGCUGAACAAUACUUCUCUUCUACAAUAAUAUUACGAUCUAUGGAUGAGUUGCAACUAAAGGAACUUCAGGAUCAGUUAGAAGCUGAACAAUACUUCUCUUCUUUAUAUAAAACACAAGUUAAAGAACUUAAAGAAGAAAUUGAAGACAAACAGCGAUUUUUUAAUGAUUUUGAAGAAGAAAAGAGUAGUCUUUGCCAUCAAAUAGAGAUAGCAUUGGCGAGGGCUGAGACGGAAGGCAUCGCUCGCCGACAGGCAGAAGAAUUGACCGCUGAUUUGGAAAAAGAAAAGGCCAUUCGAGAGCUCGAGAUUGAGGACAGCGAACGGCGUCUAAGAUCUGAAUUGAAUACUAAAGAAGAGAUAAUAAAUACUUAUUUGAAUAAAGAGAGCGAAUACUCAAAAACUGUUGAAAUCAUAACUAAAGAGAAGGAAGAAUUGAAUACAAAAAUACAUUUUAUGAAUCAAGAAAUGAAUAAUUACAUCAACCAAACGGUUCAUAACGACAAAGUGGAACAGUUGACCAAACAAUUACAACAAGAAAAGCUUCUUAAACAACAGGCGGUCAACAAAUUGGCAGAAAUAAUGAACAGACGAGACAUGAAUUUGAGUGGUAAGAAAAGUAAGGGUAGUUCUGCUGAUCUCAGACGCAAAGAAAAGGAGUGCCGGAAAUUGCAACAAGACUUGACUACUGAACGCGAGAAUUACAGCCAAAUGGUGUCGCGCUUCCAGAAAGAGGCGUCUGAAAUGCAGGCCAUUCUGUACGACGAAAGUCAGCUUAAAGUGAAACUUCAAAUGGAAUUGGAUUCGAAAGACGCCGAAAACGAACAGUUGAGACAAAAAAUGAUUUUAAGGCUUUCGGACGAACACAUCAUCAAUAGUACUAUCAAAGAGAUUGAAUCCAAUGAUAUGGAGAACUUUCGUUUGGAGGGAUGGCUAUCAAUACCUAAUAAGCAAAACAUUCGCCGACACGGCUGGAGAAAGCAAUACGUGGUUGUGUCGAGUCGUAAGAUUAUAUUCUACAACAGCGAAGUGGACAAAGCGAAGGCCGAUCCGGCCCUCAUCCUUGACCUAAGCAAACUAUUUCACGUCCGUUCUGUCACUCAA